AUGUUAUUGGCUUUGCCAACUGAGUGCCUGUUGCAAGUUGCAAGCGAGCUCAGGUCGCAGAACGACCUGAAUGCCCUCAUUUCCACUAGUCGACGACUCCAUGGCAUAUUCAACCACUCUUUGUAUGAAGCCGAAAUCGGCUCAGACGGAGCUUAUAGGGUUAUCAGCUUCGCCGCUCAGAAGGGUCAUACACAGACAGUACAGAUGAUCCUCAAACUCAACGCGAAUAGACCCGACAAGUUAAAGAAAAACCUGGAUCCAAACAAGCUGGCCUACGGGCGUCCUCCAAAGACAAUUUUCUGGCCUCCCCUCGCCUGGGCAGCGGUCAGGAAUGAUGAGGUGAUGGUUGAAACGCUGUUGAAAAUAUCAACGAUCAAAGUCGAUAUUAAAUGCCCAGCUGGUCGCACUCCGUUGUCGUACGCAGCGGAGGGAGGACACAUUGGUGUUGCGCGUCUGCUUCUGGAUGCCGGUGCAAAUCCAAAUUCUGUAGAUAAACUGGCACCUCCUCUCACCAAAGCUCCUCCCCUCGUCUGCGAGGGGAAAGUGCUUUACGAGCCACUGGUUCCUCUCCCACUUGCUUGGCCAGAUAUCGAAUAUUGGGAGGACCUCUGCAGCUGCCCUAAAUCUAGGUCGAAGCAUAGGGAUUUCAGCUCCUCUAUUCCGCCAUCAGCACUGUCUGCGGGAAGGUACAAGGAUAUCGUCACCCUCUUGCUCCAGCACGGGGUUGAUAUUGACAUCGCAGAUUCGGAGAGCCAGACAUCAUUGACUGCGGCAGCUGCAUGUGGCUACCAAUCUUUCGUGGAGCUUCUGGUUGAUCACGGCGCUGCCUUGGACUACACAGACAAAAGUCGUCCCUCUCCGUUGUCAAGGGCAGCAGAGUUUGGGUGUCUGGUUACGGUGAAAUAUUUGCUCGAUCGAGGCGCCCUAGUGGACUCUGAUCCUAGCAGUAUGAGCAUAUCACCCCUCGCCUUGGCAGCCAUGCACGGACACGAUGAGUGCGUGGAGAUCUUGCUCGAGCACACCACACAACGAGAGACAGAUCUCAAUAAGAUGAAUUGGCAAGCUUUGGUGUGUGCGGCUCAGUAUGGCCAUGUAAGAACCGUUUCAAUGUUGCUAUCUGCCCACUCUCGCCUGUGGCCAGAUCAUUCACUUGGGUCCAUGGCUGUCUUCUUCGGGGCCCAUGAAGGCCAUACUGAAGUGAUCAAAUUACUUCUGGCUGCUGGCGCUGAGAUCGACCCUUGCCCUGAAAGAUAUGAUCAAAUGUCAUGUUUACACGCAGCAGCCAUGAACAACCAUCUCGAGGCAGUCAAGUUUCUUCUCGAUUCAAAGAAGAUAGACGUGAAUAGCAAGGAUGCGCAUGGUUGGACGGCUCUUGAUUGGGCGGAGAGAUGGUCGCGAGGUUGGUUUGGAUCUGAAGGUGAACGGGGGUCUACAUUGGUCAAAGAAUUAUUAUUGGAUCAUGGGCUUGAACUUGGACAGACGGAGAUCGAGGAUAUUCACCCGCCGCACUAUCUCGCUCAGAGUGAUUAUCAGUGCGCAUGUUCGGGGCCAGCUGAAUGGCCUAUCUCGUUUCGUUGUGAGCGGGAGUCGCUGGCUGAGGCCAAACGCAGCAUCAGUCCUGAAUCAUCCACUGCGUUAUUGAUGAAACAAGAAUCAUCAAUAUAA